AUGCCACGGGAGCCUUUUCAAGUGGCUUUUUAUGAUUCCUCAGAUGAUGAGCAGAACGAGCAAGUGGCACAGGUUGUGCCGGUGGUGGAUGGCGUGUCGCCGCAGACCACCCCGACCACAAGAGAUGAGAAUGAUGAUAAUCAAGAACAAGAACAACGCCGACAACAACAACGGAUGUCUUCAUGGCUUGGUCGAAUUGCCAAUCGUACUACGGCGUUCCUUUCUUACGCCUUUGGUGGCCGGAAUGAGCUAAAUACUGAUGCUCCAAUGGAUGCAGAGAGUCCAGAGAAAGAGUCGAAUGACAGCGGUCGGUGGGGGUACAGGGCACACCGCGAUGUGGCGGCCCGGUCAGUUGAGUUGAAUAACGCCGAGUCGUUUGCACCUUCAGAGGAGAUUGCGGUAGACCUCCGUGAGACGAUCCUUCAGUACAAACGCACACCUGAUGAUGUUUAUAUGCGCAUCAUACUUGCUGCGCUUAAUUAUGGAGAGAUUCAGGUUGGUGGGGAUCUGUUCCGUGCCGCCUAUGGCAAUCAUGAACUCAUGAAGGUACUAAUGGAGUCUGGGAAGGUAAACUAUGCUGACCCCUAUGUACAGGAGAUCAUCCAAAAAGAGAUUAACUCGAUGGUUGUGCCUGAUGCAGCGUGUGGUGGCCGGAUUUCCCCUGAAAAGAUUGGGUAUCUGGCGUUGCUUUGCCACGCUCCCAGUGCGACGCUCACAAAAGAACAGGCGUGUCUCUUCCGCCACGCUGGCUUUGAGUUUGUCAAGAUGCUACACGAGAACCCGCACUUGCUGCGUAAUCUACCACCGCCUCGGUGGAUUGUGGCACGCAUAUUGGAUGUUUGCUACUUUCUUGACAUGGUAGUAACCUGGCUUGGACUAAUGGCCACACUGGUAAAUUUGGCUUGUGUUGGGUGGAUUGCGCACUUUUGGCUGGCCACCGGUCCGCUUAAGUGCGGUUAUUGGACGAUUUUGGGCUAUGUUGUUGGCUAUGUUGUGAGCAUUGUUGCAGUGAUGGUGUCUGAGGAGGGCAGGAUCCGUGAUUACGAGGACCGACUCUGGGACUACCCAGAUAACACUCUCAAGGUUAUUCCCUGCAUUCCGCUGUUUGAAAUAGCCCUCAUGUACGUCACAUUACGUUACGAGAUUCUGCGAGACAAGGCAAAAUAUUUUGUGAUCCGGUACGACCUAUACAAUGGCUUGUCAAAUGUGCUUAUUAUUCAUACGCUUUUAUUUGCAACACCACAAUUUCUUCUUCAGUAUUAUAUUGGUGAGUUAAGUGACCCCCAUGUUACUGAUUUUGAUGGAUAUAAACUUCUUACUGCGGUAAAUUAUGUCUUGUAUGGAAUGUCGUUGUAUCUAUGCGUGAGGAAAAUUUUCUUCAAUUAUUCGUGCGAUAGUUUCGGAUUUGCCAUGAUGGCUGUGAGCCGGGCGUUGGGAACACCUUUUGGUACCGCCACCCGUAUGCUUAUCGUUAUGACUAUUUUUUACCUUGAGUAUAAUAUAGGUGCUUAUGUGGUGUCUUUAAUGUAUGUUGGAGAUUGCUCGGUUGAACUCUAUAUUGUGCUGAUUUUUGCCGGUAUUUUAACGGCUUUGGAGAUCGCCGGGUUGGUAAUGAUGUUUGUUUUUGAAGUUUCACUUUUAAUUGGUUUUGUGUGUACGGUUGUCUUGGUGAUGGAGAUCAGUUUUAGUUCUUAUGUUGCUGCAAAUAAGCUGAGUGCGGAUGAUGCGUUAUGUAUGUCCUUUGUUCUUAAUGCUAAAACCGUAACUCCUUUAUUUUAUGUUACUUUUGCAGUAUUUUGCAUCACUUUUGUUUCCUGGGUUGUAGUUGAGAUAUUUAAUCGAGUUACUGGUCGCCAGGUGCUUUCGUACUGGGAAAAUUACUACUAUUGGUCUCGUUUAAAGUGGUAG